AUGUACACUCGAAAGGCAGUUUCUGCUGCAGUCCCAACCGCUUGCAAAACCCUCAAAUCCAUCCCUGCGGCAUCAGCGAUACAUGCAAAAGGGGCAGGCAAAGUUGCCAAGGCGUAUCAGAGCAAGACGACUAACAUCCCCGUGAUAGAACCCACCUUUAAUGGCAUUUCACUGAGCCCUAAGAAGCCUAAUGAGGGUGUUCUUGGGGAGAACGAGACGCUGAAUAAAAUAGUCAACGUGGUGCGCGCCGCCACGGCUCCGUUCGCGGAUUUGGACGAAAUCAUCGCCAGACCUCCCGGGGCAGAGCAACGCGGCGUCGUGGCUAGCCGAGAAGAGCGCCUUUCGGUCGCGGGAACACCCCGCAUCACUCACCGAAGCUUCGCGGCUUCGUUGAUAUGCCCGAAGAAGUUCUACCUCUUUCAGCAGCGCCCAGAUUUGGUUCCGGACGCUUCGAUUGGCGAGUCGGUGUUCUUGGACGACGCCGCCGGGUUCAACGAGCUCGCGCGGCAGUGGGAUCGUCUUCAAUUCGGUAGCAAAGCCAUCCUGAUCUCGGAUAGCGGCCUCGUGGAGGCCGCCCAGCACACGGAAAAUGUCAUUGUCAACUACUUCGAAACGACCUACGCUUCCUUGAGGGAACAAGCCCCCUCACUAACGAUUCAUAGACCAGCCUUUUUGGCGCCUUUUGGCGGCUACACUAAGGAUCACUCCGGGGCUGGUGCGAGUCCAUCCCAUCCGCUGCUGCUGUGUGCGCGGCCCUUAGUCUUGCGGUAUCGCCCAAAGGAUAACCAGUGGGUUAUUCUUGAAGCGCAGGCCAUUGUAGACCCGCUCGCCACCGCCGCCCGUGCUGGGCAGAUUCUACAGCGCAUUCACUUCUCCGCAUUAGCCUUCCUGCACUCCGUCACCCAGCCGCACAUCCCGAUCUCCCUUCGAAAGCGGUUUCUCAACAUCGACCUCGACACCGUCACGGAGGAAAAUAUGAAAGGUCACGUCCUGGAGCACACCGCCCGCGCGGUCGCGCCGAUUGACCUCAAACGAAGUGGCGUCCUGCACAUCCGCCAGUUCUUCCCAGGCCCGGUGACCCUCCUCGACUGCGAUCCACCACGGCUCGUGAAGUUCGUGCAGCGGCUCUCCCUGGAUGAGUUGCUCCACGCGGAUGGCCGGCAGCAGCUUAAACAGCCCCACCCUGGCAGCUGCGCCGGGGCCUUUGACCUGCAGCAUCUCGCGCGGUUUGGCCCGGACGUCCAGGCCGCCCAUCGGGCAAUGGUGGAGGCCCUGCAGCGGUCCGAUCGUUACGGCAACGCCCGUAACAACCGCAGCGUGCGGCAGAAGGAAACGAACGAGAACGCGCUCUUCCAGGCGCAGCAGCAGUUGAUGCGGGCGCUGCUCCUCCACCACACCCUCCCGCUUACGGAGAAGUUUCACGACCCCACGCGGGUGCGGCGUUGGCUGACGUUCUCGAGCGAAGCUCCUAACGGCCUUGUCCACUCCACCUACGCACGGCUGGAGGAGCAAGCGCAGGGGCAAGAAAAAGAGAAGGAAAAGGAAAAGGUCGCGGCUGUCGAUGCCAAGUCGGGGAAAGGCGGGAAACGUGGUGCCGGUAAAAAGAACCAGGGAAAGGCCGCCGAUCUUAAGGAUCCCACAGCGGACGCUGUGUGUGCGGCGCCUUCUCUUUCCAUCCCUAGUAUCCCUCACUUCUCGGAGAACAUCGGCGCGCACUGCUCGAGAGCUGACGCCUGCCCUUUUUUCGUGGAAGGGAUGUGUCUACCUCAAAAGGUCGCAAAUCCAAUUAAAGCGUGCGAUAACCACCUCUUCACACUUCCAUCCACCUCUUUAGCGCGGAAGGUGACGUGGUGGGGGGAGGGGCUCCGCACCAUCCGCGAUGUGCUCUAUCAAUACAAGUGCGGCUAUAUCAAGCUCACGGCACCGCAGCUGCGCUACGUCAAAGCCGUGGCGGAAGGCCAUGUCGCGAUUAAUCCGAAGGAAAUCGACAAAUUCUUCGCUAAAAUCCGCUACCCGACGUUCAUCAUCGACUUUGAGGCCUCCCAGUUCGCACUGCCACCGUAUCAAAAAGUCAACGCCUACAAUUCCGUACCAUUUCAGUUCUCGAUGGACGUCUUUCAGGAGGACAUCCUCACCGAGACGCCAACCCACUACGACUUUCUGCAUUUUGGCAAGGGCUACUCCCCGAACGAGGACCCACGUCCGAAACUCAUCGCGGAACUUAUGCGGGUGGUUAAGCUCGAACGAGAGAAGAAACGUCAGGCAAUGGAAGCCUCCGGUGAGUUAGGGGAGGGAGAAGAAGAAACGGUGGUCAAGGGCAGUGGGAAGCGCGGCGCUAAAAAGGCGCCUAAAAUUAACAAAAACAACCCAUUAGAGGGGCCCUUGACGCCCUACGACGGGUGUUUUAUCUCACACUUCAGCUCCUUUGAGAAGUCCUGCUUAGAAAAGUUGGGUCAGCUUGAGGAGCGUUUCAAGGAGGAAAUUAAAAGCUUUUACUUUCUUGACACAAUGGACCUAAUUAAAAAAGGCUUUAGUCACCCCAACGCGCAUGGCUCAAACUCGCUCAAAAAGGUGCUUCCUGCGCUCUGCCCAGACUUCCAGUAUGGCGUAUUUGGGAGCGAGACGGAAGACGCGGAUGGCGUCGAGGGUGCAUUGCUAGGCAGAAGUGAGGAAGGACCUCGACAGGAUGAGCAAAAGGGUGAAAACGCCAUGGGCAUCUACCGAUUGUGGUAUCAUCAGGAAGGUGGGGGGACGGUUCAGGACUUAAGGCACAAUAGGGUAGCUGCACAACCUUUUAAUAAUCUCAACAGCAUCAAUGGUGAGGCCAGCCAUUCUGGGGAUGAUGCUGCCGCUCGUACCUGUGUGCCGAAAGAGGUGCGCGAAAGGGUAUGGAGCCGGCUUCGCAUUCAGCUGCUGGAAUAUUGCUCCCUUGACACCAAGGCACUAUACGAGAUUAUGCGUGAGAUUUGGAAAGAGAAAGAGGCCGCAAAGAAUCUUCCGUCGGUUGAUAAGUCAGGAUGGGUCUACGUAGCACCUACACCUAGAGAAGUAUCAUUCUGA